AUGGCGUGCACCGCCCUGCCGGACCUGAUGAUCGCCGGAACAUUAUUGCUUGUUCUUGCCGGAGCCGUCGUCGCAGGAGCGACGGGUGCUGAUGUUGUUGGAGCUGCCCCUCCUAUUCCUCCUCUCCCUCCACCUAGGUUGGGGGCUCCCCCUACUCCUCUUCCUCUCCCUCGGUUGGGGACUCCGCCUCCUAUUCCCAUUCCUUCUCCUCUUCUUCCUCCCCCUCUGUCCGGAGCUCCGCCUCCUAUUCCUAAACCUUCUCCUCCUCUGCCGGUGGUCGCCCCGGGUGGGCCCAAGGUGCCGGCGCUGAUCGCGUUUGGGGACUCUAUUGUGGACACGGGCAACAACAACCACCUCCUCACCGUCAUCAGGGCCAACUUCCCGCCUUACGGCAAGGACUUCCCCGGCCACAAGGCCACCGGCAGGUUCUGCGACGGCAGGAUCAGCGUGGACUUCCUAGCGUCUGCGCUUGGGUUGAAGGAGACGCUCCCGGCGUACCUGAGCAAGGACCUCACCCUGCAGGACCUCAAGACCGGUGUCAGCUUCGCGUCCGCGGCGAGCGGCUACGACAACGCCACAUGCCGGACGUCGGGGACCAUGACGUUCGAGCGGCAGCUGCAGCUGUUCGCGGAGUACAAGGCGAAGGUGGGGAGCAUCCCCGACAGGGCCCUGUACAUCGUCGUCUCCGGCAGCAACGACAUCGUGCAGCACUUCACCUGGGCCGACGCCCUGACCGAGCCCGAAUAUGCCGACUUCAUGACCCAGAGGGCGUCCACCUUCGUCGAGACGCUGAUCGGGCAGGGGGCGCGUCAGAUCGCGGUGGCCGGUGCGCCGCCGGUGGGCUGCAUUCCGUCGCAGCGCCGCAUCGCCGGCGGGGUGCGGAAGCAGUGCGCGACGGACCGCAACCAGCUGGCGCUGCUGUUCAACAGGAAGCUGGCCGUGGAGGUGGGGCGCAUGGCCGGCCGGUUCCGCGGCGUGAACAUCUUCUACGUCGACCUCUACUCCAUCCUCGCCGACAUGAUCACGCGGUACCAGGCGCUCGGGUUCAGGAACGGCAAGGACGCGUGCUGCGGUUUCGUCGGGCUCGCGGCUGGUCCGCUGUGCAACAUGGCGAGCCGGCUGUGCGAGGACCCGGGGCAGUACGUGUUCUGGGACAGCUACCACCCCACUGAGAGGGCAUACAAGAUGAUGAUCGACGACUUCAUGGCAAGAUACAGUAGAUACAUCCACUAGUUGCUGGAUGACUCUUUUUUAGCAGCAGGUUUAUUAUUUAGCACAUAAGUAUGAUAUGAUCGUCAU